GGAAGGGGGGAAUGAGAGAGACGGGCUGGAGGGAAAGAAGAAAGGUGUUCAGAAAGCUCCCAUCGGUGGCCGGGCACCCUGCCCGCUUCCUUGAGCACCGGAUGAGCUGUAACGAUCACUUUUCCCAAAGGAGUUUGUAAUGUCUCAGCAUCGCUCUGGCCUGGGCUGCCCCUGGCAUUUCUGUGGCAAACAGCAUUUAGCACAUAGAGGGGCAUGCUCGGGGGAAACGGCUAACCAUGGCAGAAGACCCCCUGUCCCACCCCGCUCUGGAUAAGGCAGCGGGCGAAGAGUUCCUGCGGGAAGCUUUCCAGAUCAUCCUGGAGGAAGCCGUCAGGAAAGGGACAGAUGUCACAGAAAAGGUCUGUGACUGGAGGGAGCCCCAAGACCUGCAGAAAAUCCUGGACCUGGAGCUGAGGAGCAGUGGGGAGCCCCGGCAGAGGGUGCUGGAGCACUGCCGGGACGUCAUCCGCUACAGCGUGAAAACAUGUCAUCCUCGUUUCUUUAACCAGCUGUUUUCGGGGCUGGAUCCCCAUGCCCUGGUGGGACGGAUGAUCACAGAGACGCUCAACACCAGCCAGUACACCUACGAGAUCGCCCCGGUGUUUGUGCUCAUGGAGGAGGUGGUGCUGAAGAAGCUGCGGGAGCUGAUUGGCUGGGGGAGUGGAGACGGGAUAUUCUGCCCAGGAGGCUCCCUCUCCAAUAUAUACGCCAUGAACGUGGCACGGUAUCAUCGCUUCCCGGACAUCAAACAGAAGGGCAUCUGGGCACUGCCGAGGCUGGCGGUGUUCACGUCGCAAGAGUGCCACUACUCCAUGCAGAAGGGGGCAGCUUUCCUGGGCAUUGGCACAGACAACAUCUACCUGGUGGGAGUGGAUGAGAGGGGGAAAAUGAUCCCUGCAGACCUGGAGAAACAGAUCAACAAGGCAAAAUCUGAGGGCGCGUGUCCUUUCUUUGUCAACGCCACCUGUGGCACCACUGUGCUGGGAGCCUUCGACCCCCUGGCGGACGUGGCAGAUGUGUGCGAGCGCCACGGGGCCUGGUUUCACGUGGAUGCCGCCUGGGGUGGGAGUGCCCUGCUCUCUAGAAGACACAGACAUCUCCUGCGUGGGAUAGAGAGGGCGGAUUCGGUGGCUUGGAACCCCCACAAGAUGCUGAUGACGGGUUUGCAGUGCUCUGCCUUCCUGCUUCGAGAGAGCUCCGGCCUGCUGCAGCGGUGCCACUGCGCCAACGCCACCUACCUCUUCCAGACUGACAAGUUCUACGACGUGGCCUACGACACGGGAGACAAGACCAUCCAGUGUGGCCGCAAGGUGGACUGCCUCAAGCUGUGGCUGAUGUGGAAGGCCAAUGGGACCGAGGGGCUGGAGAAGCGAGUGGACAGGGCCUUCGAGUUCACUAGGUACCUGGCUGAGGAGAUCAAGAAAAGGGAAGGUUUCCAGCUGGUGAUAGAGCCCGAGUUCAUCAAUCUGUGUUUCUGGUUUGUGCCGCCCAGCCUCCGGGGCAAGGAGGGCUGUGCCGAUUACUGGGAGAGACUGGGAAAGGUGGCUCCAGCUAUCAAGGAGCGGAUGAUGAAGAAAGGGUCCAUGAUGGUGGGCUACCAACCCCUUGGCAGCAAGGUCAACUUCUUCCGCCAGGUUGUCACAAAUCCCGUGGUCACCAAGCAGGACUUGGACUUCUUCCUGGAUGAGAUUGAGAAACUGGGCACAGAUUUGUAGGGAUCCCAGGCCCUCCUCCUCACCAUCAGCUCCUGGCAGGUCUCUCAGUGAUGGUGGGACAUCGCACCCACUCCUGCCUUUCUCCACAGCGUCCAGCAAGCACUACAACGAUAAGACAGUUCACCAGACUCCAGGUAUUUAUACCCCUAGUAAGGUGUUCAGAUACCAGCCUCUCUCACAUGUCCUCCAUACACAUUACACCAGAGAGGAACUCAGCGUUUGUGCUUCUCUCUAGCAACUCCCUCUCUUCCUCUCCUGGGUCCUUUUGAGAGAAGGGACAUUGCCAAGGCCCAGACAAGGGUAGCACCUGAGGUUACUGAAAAGAUGGUAGCAUUCUUCUUGAGAACAUCAGCUAGCACAUGAUUCCAUAGAGCUUUCCUUUGGCUGUGACCUGAGGCAGCUCCAGUAAGACUCUUGGUACGUCUUGGACAAGCUGGAAGAGGAUGCUUAUCUUGGAUUCUGGAGGUGAACAUUUCAGCACCAGCCUGUGGUCAAGUAGAACAUCAACAUCUGGUGCAACAGGCCAGGGUCUGGGAUGUACGCUCAGACACAGCUGAUCCCGUAGGAGGAAUGGCGGUCGUGGGGCAGUCCACACGUGCCGUGGAGCUGCACCGAGCUGUGUGGAACUGACACAAAGCUCCACCUGGGUUGCCUCCAAACCACCUUUUCAAGUCAAACGAAACUGCCGAAUUCCGCUUCUCAAGCGGCUACCGAGCGAUCGUGGUGCUCCUUUGUCGUUCCUCCCCUGCCCUUAGCAGCACUCUGGCCUAGGUAUUUGUGAUUCAUUUAAUGAAGCGCAUGAUGUCAGUUCUUAAUAAAUGCGUGGUAAAUGCUUC